AUGGAUUUCGAUUCAAAUUUCCCCCUUUCUCCUUGUCCUACCGCCAGCGUUUCUAGUCACAGUAGCAGCUGGGAUCCACUUCCGCCACUUUACAGUGGCCGCGAUAGUGUGAGCAGUGUGUGUGAUUUUGACGAAUUGCAGGAAUCCAGUUCCAUUGAAGAUUAUCAUUUUUCCAUGAGUCCACGACAGGAUCUGGCCAUUGCUAUUCCUAUGGAGGACAUUGAUGCGUUGGAAAAUCGCAUGAACCUGUUGGAUAAUGACGAUCAAAAAUCGUUUUCACAGUUUAUUCACAUGUUUGAUCAAGACAAGUCUGCCGACCCUUCAUCCACGUAUCAUCCGUAUGAUGGCCAACAGAACAACCAAGUCGCAACAAACGAUGAUCGGCUGAUGACGCUCAAGACGGAAACCGACCAUGACAAUACCAUGUCCAUUUUGCAAUCGUUUGAGUCAGUGCAACAAGACCGCCGCGAUUCUGUCUCGGUCGAAGACAUGGACCGUAAGCGCCGUUCAUCGUCUGAAGCCAGCCGUUCGCCUUCGCCGGAAAGAAAGCGCAUCAAGUCCAAGGAAUUGCUGACGGAAGAUGAGAAAAGAGCCAACCACAUCGCCUCGGAACAGAAACGUCGCAACACCAUCCGUACCGGAUUCAAGGAUCUCACCGAUAUCGUGCCCACGCUCAAGAACGUGAACAAUUCCAAGAGCACCAUCCUGUUCAAGGCCGUCGACUACAUUCGCCAGCUUGAAAAGCGCAAUAAAGGGCUCCAAGACCGUUUGGCCAAGCUUCAGUCGCGUAUGGAGGCCAAAGGACGUAUGGAAGCUUUCCGACGCCAAUCCAUGGUCAUGGGUCAGGACAGCUCACCCAAGCACGGUUUAUUAUCUCAUCAAGCCAUGACCGCUCUGUUGGCUCACAAAGACCAGCAGAGACAAUUGGAAAUGCUUCAAAAACAGUUGCACAUCCAGCAAGAACUGUUGAAAAAGCACAACAUUACUGCGCCCUCAUCGGUUCCUUCCUUUUCCAUUCCAAAUACGCAACCGGAAGUGGCCGAUCAACCCCCCUCGUCUCUCUUUUCUCGUUUUCAGCAACAACAGCAACAACAACACAAGCAGCAGCAGCAGCAUGUCACGGCUGCUCAUCCAUCCUACAACUCCAUCUCUAUCUCUUAUCAUAAGGAACCUUCUGCAUCAGCAUAUGUAAAUAUCAACGGCAUCAACUCUUAUCAUCAUCAAAAUGCACCAGCUCUAGUGGUGCCUGCCACCGAGGAAGACGAAACCCACUAUGCCUCUGAUUGGCCACGCCGGAAUUCAUUCAUUAGUAUUAAUGUUCCUAGUCUCAAUAUCCCGGCCGAUGAGGAAUACAGCAAGGACAUGGCUUUCCGGGAACGACUCUUAAGUUGCGGUAGAUUAACUCAUUUACAAACAUCGUUGUAA